AAACAAUUUAAUUUCACGGCAUGGCGAAGCGUAUAUAAAGCGCGUGAAUGAAAUGAACGAAUAAAUUGAAGUGCGCCUAUACUAAUUUCCAAAUAAAAUUAAAUUGUUGGUAUAAAAAAUCAUCAUAAUCAUAAAUAACAUUAAUUCAAAUUAAUUCAUUCAUUCAAUUGAAUGCAUCCAUCUUCGUCAUCUAUUGCAAUUGUACCUUCUCUGCACCAACACUGAUUUCUCCACAACAACCCCCCUUUCAUCUCUUCUUCUUCUUCUUCUUCUUCGCGCUUCUCUCUCUCUCUCUCUGUUGUAACUUCGCUUUCUCAAUUCACUUGCUGCUGAUUCCAAGGUCUAUUAUUUCUGGUUUGACAUUAUUUUGACGUUGUCCGAAAGGUUUCAGAUUCCUUGUCAAGAUUAAUGCUUAAAGAUGGUUUUAUACGAGCACUCAGAUGUUUAUCAGUGGGGUCUUAAUCUUCUUGACGGUGACCCUGGUUAUAAUCUGGACUACUAUGACAGCAUGGUUCAACAUGAUACCGGUGACAUCUAUAAUGGACACUACUUCAAUAGUAAUUAUGAUAAUGAAUGUAACCAUGUAGAGAAUGAUGAGAUCAUUGCGCGUGCUCUUCAAGAAGAGUUUUCACAGCUAGCGAUUGCUGAAUCUUCAAGGUAUUUACAAGCAAGUGAAGAUCAGUUUCAUGUCACUGAGACUGAGCCUGCAUAUGAUUGGCAUGAUUCUUCAAUGGUCAAUUAUUGUUCAGGAGGUAAUGAUUAUGCCCAAGAAGGAGUUGGUGACGUAGAAAGUUCGUGUUCUAGUCCUACUGAAACAGAGGAGUGUUCAUUGGAGAUAACCGAUAAUUAUCCCCUUGAUGAUGAAGUAGGGAAGAGAUUGAGUCAAAUAAUACCUAUUCCUCAUGUUCCAAAAAUUAAUGGAGAAAUUCCUUCAAUUGAUGAAGCUACGUCGGAUCAUCAAAGGCUUCUUGAUAGAUUGCAGUUAUAUGACUUUGUGGAGCACAAGGUGCAUGGUGAUGGUAAUUGCCAGUUCCGUGCACUGUCGGAUCAAUUGUAUCAUGCACCUGAUCACCACAAGUUUGUGAGAAGACAAGUUGUCAAUCAGCUCAAAUCUAGUCCAACGAUUUAUGAUGGAUAUGUUCCGAUGGAAUAUGGAGACUAUUUGGACAAGAUGUCUAAGAGUGGAGAAUGGGGUGAUCAUGUCACUCUUCAAGCUGCUGCAGAUUCGUAUGGUGUGAGAAUAUUUGUCAUGACUUCUUUUAAGGACACCUGUUGCAUAGAGAUACUUCCUCAUUUUGAGAAGCCUAAAGGAGUGAUUUUUCUGAGUUUUUGGGCAGAGGUGCAUUACAAUUCCAUCUACCCUCAAGGAGAUAUAGCUUCAAGUGAGUCAAGAAAGAAGAAAAGGUGGUGGAGCUUUGGGAGCAGAAAUUAGAGACUUGGUUGGCUAGAUAGAGAGCACACCUUGACCCAUUUUGUAAUUCCCUACUUUCACGCAAUUGAUCUGGACCCCGGAUCAACAUCGAACAGUUCUCAUUAUAACUUUGUAUUUUAGACUUGAUUUAUCAAAAUUAGAAUAUGGACCGUCCAAUUUUGAUCCUACGGUCCAGAUCCAGAUCGCGUGACUACGUCCAAUGCGUGAUUUCCUGAGACAAGGAAAUUUGGAUGUCAAUCAUAAUAAUUAAUUUGAUUUUCUUCAAUUUAAUUAUAAAUCUGGGUAUGCUGAUAAUUACAGCUGCACCCCAGUGGCAUUUUUGGAUGCUAUGUUAAAGAAACCAAAGGUUAAAUAUGGCGUUUCAAUAGUUCAUGGCUUCACUCAUACUCUUUAGAAUGAUUGCCCUUCGCAACUGGUCAGCGUCUUACUUGCUGUCUUGGGGAUGGUUAGGAUUAGGCCUUAGUUUGUUUCUUGUGUUUUUUUUUCCUUCUGACUGAUAAAAAUACGUUAAAGCAGAUAAGAUGAAUGGAUGUUUACAGUAACUUCCAUCUUGAUUA